AUGAUGGGCCCGUGCGAUUGCUUCCUCCAUGCCCCCUCGCCGCCGCCGAAUCCGUCUUCGAGGCUCGCGGCUGCGGCGCCGGGAGCGCGCCGGAGGGAUAGCAACCUCUCGUUCCAGUGCAGCGCAGUCUCUGCGCCGGCGAGAAGUGCUGAGACUUGCCCCAAUUUGGUGGUUCCGUGCAGGGUUCAUCGGCGGGCUGCUGAAAGGAGGAAGAGUGGGAGGUGGGGGCAGUAUGGCGGGUCGCUUCCGGCAAUGCUGGAGGCGCUGGAGCGCACUGAGGAUAUCGGGGAGGCGCUGCGGCCAUGGAAGGACACGAUGAGCAACCGGGAGAGGACAAUCCUUCUCAAGGAGCAGAAGGAUUGGAGGCGAGCGGUCGAAGUAUUCAACUGGUUUCGCAGGAGGAGGCGACAUGACGUCAAUGUGAUACACUACAAUGUUGUUCUCUGCGCGGUUGGGAGGGCGAGGAGAUGGGACAUUGUUGCUAGGCUAUGGCAUGAGAUGCAUUCCAGUGGUGUUGCGCCGGAUAAUUCGACGUACGGUACACUUAUUGAUGUGCACUGUAAAGGGGGCAGGGAGAAGAUGGCAUUGCUUUGGCUUGGCGACAUGUUCAAGCGGGGGUUGCUGCCCGAUGAGAUCACUAUGAGUAUUGUGCUUCAGGUACACAAGAAGGCUGGGGAGUAUGAGAAAGCCGGGCUUUUCUUCAAAAGAUGGUCCUUAGAGUCAGAUGUAAACAUGGAAGGACAUCCUUGCUAUAGUCUGUACACUUACAACACCUUGAUUGAUACUUAUGGAAAGGCUGGCCAACUUGACAAAGUAUCUGAUACAUUCAAUCAAAUGUUAAGAGAAGGUGUUUCACCAAAUAUUGUUACAUUUAACACAAUGAUUCAUGUUUGGGGUAAACACCAUAGAAUGGACCAAGUAGCUUCUCUGAUGAGAACAAUGGAGGAGUUUCAGUGCCUUCCAGACACUAGGACGUAUAAUAUUCUGAUCUCACUAUACAGAGAAAUCGAUGAUAUUGAUGUUGCAGAGUACUAUUUCAGGAAGAUGAAAACAGAAAAUCUGCUGCCAGAUGUUGUGAGCUGCCGCACUCUCUUGUACGGAUACUCCAUUAAGAGCUUGGUCAACAAAGCAGAAACUCUUCUUAAAGAAAUGUACGAGAGGAACCUUGUGAUUGAUGAAUACACACAAUCAGCUGUGACGAGGAUGUAUGUCAAUGCUGGGAUGCUUGAGAAAGCGUGGCGUUGGUUUGAGAAGUUCAAUUAUCAAAUGAACUCUGAUUGCUUUUCUGCAAAUAUUGAUGCAUUUGGGGAGAGAGGACAUAUACUCCUUGCAGAGAAGGCUUUUUUGUGCUGCUUAAAAAGGAAGAUGCUAAGUACUUGUGUUUGUAAUGUUAUGAUCAAAGCAUAUGGUUUAGUAGAGAAGCUUGAUGAGGCCUGUGAGAUUGCUGAUGGCAUGGCGAGGUAUGGCAUUUUGCCUGAUAACCUAACCUACAGUUCUCUGAUUCAACUAAUGUCAACUGCUAAACUGCCAGAGAAAGCUCUCUACUAUUUGAGAAAGAUGCAGGCAGCAAAAUUGCUGAUUGACUGUGUUUCUUAUUCUGUGGUAAUUAGUAGCUUUGCGAAAAACGACAAUUUGCACAUGGUCGACUGCCUGUUUAGAGAAAUGAUCUCAUCAGGAAUCCAAGCUGAUACUUAUGUUUACUCUAUCUCAAUUGAUGCACAUGCUGAAGUUGGAGAUGUCCAGAAAGCUGAAGCAUAUUUUGGUUUGUUGAAAAAGUCUGGUUUAUGUGAGAGUGCUACCAUAUAUAAUUCUUUGAUCAAGCUCUACACAAAGGCAGUGCAUCUUGCAGAGGCACAGAAAACGUACAAGCUUCUCAAAUCAUUAGAUACAGAUACCAACCUUUAUGCAUCAAACUGUAUGAUUGACCUUUAUAGUGACCAUUGUAUGGUGAAUGAAGCACGUGAGAUCUUCGAGAAUUUAAAGUUUACAGGAAAGGCAAAUGAAUUUUCACAUGCAAUGAUGGUGUGCUUGUACAAGAAAAUUGCUCGCUUUGAUGAAGCCCACAGGAUUUCUAAGGAAAUGCAAGCUUCAGGAUUUCUAACUCAGGCAUUAAGCUACAACUCUCUGAUACAAAUGUACGUGUCUGGUGGAAGGAUGGAAGAGGCUCUUACAAUAUUUCAGAAGAUGUUGGCAUCGAACACACCACCAAAUGAUGCAACAUUCAAGGCACUAAAGAUUAUUUUAGUGAAAGGAGGGGUUUCAAAAAAUGAUAUUACAAGGUUAGAAUUGCUCAGAAAAAAUAGCACACAUGAUUGCUUGCGUCACUGGUACAGGAUACUACGCAUGACAGUAAGAUCAGGUGAUGGUUCUCGACGUAUUAUUGAUACCUCAGCUCUGAGGACACAUAUAUUAGACAUCGGUGAUUCCAAUAUUAGCAAAAGAAAUACAAGAAAACAUACAACUUCAUAAAAGUUUUCGAGUUUCCAACUGGCUGAAAGUCUUCGAUGUUCACACACCAUGGUGAUGAUCCAUCUACUAAGCAGUUCAUGGAUACACACAUGUUAUCGCCAAAACAAAACUCCCUGACCACUGUUUGACUGGUGCACUAAGAAUGUGGUGAAAUUUCAGAUGGAUCAGGCUAGGUUACUGCAGGGAUGCAGAGCUGGAGUUCUCAGGUGCAAUUUUUCAAAGCAAGCUACCAGGAUGGGCUUUUAAACUGUUACUCCACUAAUUUCCAUCUCCACAUGUUUAACUUUUACCACGCGGCAUGCCAUUUUAAAUGCUCUGACAUAGGUGGUUUCCAGUAAUCUUGGAUUAUUACCUCCAGAUAUACUUUCCACAACAUCUGUAUGUUGGGAAUUCCAGUCAUUACUAUUCACCUAGCCCUACAUAUUGCAACAACAUGUACUCCGAGUCCGAAGGUUCAGUUUUCAGCAUACUGCAUACAGAAGUUAUUUUGAGGUCAUCACACUUCACUACAUUGAGACGCUGUGCAAUCGAUGGGGAGUUUGGCGUGGUACAGUGCAUUUUCAGUGUGACAAUGGAUUGAGGGUCCUGCUGCUGCUUUGAGUGUAUGUCUGCAGCCUAUGAUGUGGCCGCCUGUUGUCAACUUGCUAUCCAGCCUGUUGAAUCUUCUUACUCGAAGGACAAUACAUAUGUGUGAAUCUCUGUACAUGCUCUCUCAUUUUUAUCAAGGAAAAAAUAAAGAAAAUAUCGAUUUGCUUCAGCUGUCUUCUGAAUAGCCAACCAGGCAACUAUGGAAAACCUGUUUGACAUUGCUGCAUUUCAUCUUAAUUUUUCCAUUACAACAUUGAAACAGAUCGUACAGCAACUACUACUAGCAUUUCUCUUUGAUCGUACUAACUGAUAUUAUUGACCUGAGAUUUUGAGAUUGCUACUCCUAUUACCAUAUUCUACGAACUGUUUUCACAGGAGCUUUGCUGCAGGAUUAUACUACUAGUACACGGGCUGGGACGAGUCCUGGCAGAUGCUGAUGCUGACACAUGCUUGUGCUCAAAGAAGGGAUGAGUGUGAUCAAUGCGCGAGUGAUUCAACGUGCUCGCAGAGGUACGCAUCAUUUCACCAGUACUACUCCUCCUACUGAUGAAUGCUCUGCAUUUUCUGCAGCUCUGCCACCUCCCCCACGUCAAGCUGAGACCCCUUUGCUUCUCCUCCUCACCGUCGUCUCGCCCACCUCAAAUCACCCCGUCCCUUCCCGCUGCGGCGCUGACAAGAACCCCCCCCCCACCUCGGGCCCUGCACCUGAGCUCUCCCUCUCCGCGGCGGCCGCGGUCGUGCGCCACCAAGUCGGAAUUUACUCUUAUACCCCGUGGUCGCCGGCGAUGCGGACGGCGGGGUGAAUUUACU